GUUACGAUUUUCCAUUGGUGGUGUUGGUCGUUUAAGGUUUGCGAGCUCCGUAAAUUGGUAAUUUCGUAAUAAAAUUGUAGAAAUUGUUAGGAAAAAACUUUUUGGUGAUUAAACGCAACUUACAUAACGCAACAGUAAUCACAAUGUCGCAGGCUCCAGUACGUGUAUCGCCUUUAAUCAAAUUUGGCCGCUGGUCUUUGCUAGUAGUAGGCAUUGGCUAUGGUGCCUUCCAUCAGAACAGGUUGUCCAAGAAGGAAGAGAAGGUACGCAUAAUCGAAGCGCAGCAAAAGGUUGUACGUGACGCCAAGUUAGCCGAAGAGAAGAAGCGUGCGGUAGAGGCUGAAAUUCGUGCGUUGGAGGAACUUUCCAAGCCAAAAAAAUAAGCUAUUGACUCCUGAAGGACGUAUAUUUUAUAUUAUCCACAAUUGAAACGAUGUGAUUUCAAUAAAAAAGAAAUAUUGUAAAGGCAUCUAUUGAUUGUGAAUUUCCCCAACUUUGGAAAUUAGUGAUAUUCAACGAUUCAACUCCAGCUGUUUUGCGAGCCAGUGUUUUAAUUUAUAAUUAAAACUGGUUAUAAUAAAAAUAUAUGUAAAAAGUGA